GUUUUUUCCUUUACCUCUUAUUGAAUCUCUUCCUGUCGAGUUCGAAUCUGCUGAAUCUCAAAACCCUAAUUCUGUGGGUUUUUAUCGGAUCAUCGGUUUAUUAGUUUGGAUCGUCAAUUGUGAUUGAGAUUUUGGAUUUCUCAAAUGUUUUGUCUGUGAUUAUUUCUUAACGACGUUGUUUUCACUUUUCCGUUGACGCGUCUCUAAUUGAACCGUCGCGGCGCAUGCACAGAUCGAUUUGCCGGGAGUGCUUCAUCGUAGAUGCAAUUUAUGAUUUUUAUAUUCCUAGUAUCGAUCUGAAAGUUUGAAUAUUUAGAGUCAAUUUAAGAGUUUUUUUGUACUUGUUGUAUUAGCUUACGAUUACGUUGAUGAGAUGAGUGAACAUAUAUUAUAGGAUUUGAUUGGAAAUCUGAUGUUUCCAGCAAAAAAAUAUGUUUAUCUGUUUGGAAUCAAACAACCUUAAUUCGAACUGAAUAUUUCUUCUGAUGAUAAGUGAUACUUAUCAGAAUUUGUUGAUGUGGGAAUCGUCAAAAAUUUAGCUUUUACCCAAGUCUGGGUUUUGAUUGUAUUUUAUCUGAUGGCUCAGGACAGUUUUUCUACUUUAUUAGUGUGUGGCCUUGACUUUUAUAAUUAAUCUUUGUGCUAGACCACCAUGAGUGACCACGGAGAGAAGACUUGUCCACUAUGUGCCGAAGAGAUGGAUCUGACUGAUCAGCAAUUGAAGCCUUGCAAAUGUGGAUAUCAGAUAUGUGUCUGGUGCUGGCAUCACAUAAUGGACAUGGCAGAAAAAGAUCAAUCAGAAGGGCGUUGUCCAGCUUGUCGCACUCCAUAUGACAAAGAAAAGAUUGUAGGGAUGACUGCUAAUUGCGACAGCCUGACUUCUGAAGGCAACAUGGAGCGCAAAAAGACUCAGAAGUCAAAAUCAAAACCUUCUGAGGGGAGAAAACAACUCACCAGUGUGCGAGUCAUCCAAAGGAAUCUUGUUUACAUUGUCGGGUUGCCCCUUGAACUAGCAGAUGAAGAUCUACUUCAUCAUAAAGAAUAUUUCGGCCAGUAUGGAAAAGUUCUAAAGGUUUCCAUGUCUCGAGCAGCAUCUGGUGUCAUCCAACAAUUCCCAAAUAAUACAUGCAGUGUAUAUAUUACUUAUGCAAAAGAGGAAGAGGCUGUUCGCUGCAUUCAGGCUGUUCAUGGGUUUAUCUUGGAUGGUAAACCACUGAAGGCAUGUUUUGGGACAACCAAGUAUUGUCAUGCAUGGCUGAGGAAUGUGGCAUGCAUCAAUCCUGAUUGUCUCUAUUUGCACGAGGUUGGUUCUCAAGAUGACAGUUUCACAAAAGAUGAGAGCAUAUCAGCCUGUACAAGGAGUCGAGUUCAACAAAUCACUGGAGCUCCAUAUAUUCUGCAGCAACGUUCAGGGAGUAUGCUACCUCCACCACUGGAUGCUUAUUGUAGUGACAGUUCUUCCGCAAAACCAAUUGUAAAAGUUCCUCCAAGUAAUGCAGCAACUGCUCCGAGGUAUUCUCCACCUAGUGGGAGUGGGAGCUCUAGUAGAUCCACUGCUCUUCCUGCUGCAGCGUCAUGGGGGACACAUAUUGCAAACCAGCAGUCUUUAGCAACUUCGGUUACUUCAAAUGGAUCUUCUGAUUUACAAAGAUCAACUUCAGUAAAUGGAACCUUGGCCUUUUCUGCUGUUGUUGCAAACGCAGCUCAUGGGCCUGUAUCCUCUAGUGACAUUCUUAAAAGACCAUCUCGCAAAGAGGAAAGCCAAAUAGUUGUUGAUAAAGGCAAACCUAACGUGCUGAAGCCUUUGCAGCAUAAUGUUGUGGUUGAUUCUGGAUCCAAGAGGGCUACCUCAUCUGACGAGGAGGAUUUUACUAGCAAUCGGGUAUCCAGUUCGAUAGACUCUCCCUACAAUGGCAGAGAUAUUGAUAAUUCUUCAGUUAAUGUGAACUCGUUUGACGAUUCAAAUGAAGAUGUAGAAGAUGGCCCUGCUGUAAGCAACUUAUCUGUAGGUGUUUCACGAAUGGGGAUAACUACGAAUUCGUGGGAUGAACGUCCUGAUGAUAUUCCAGGUCCUAUUAGACAACCUGAUGAUGAUGUAUCAAAGCUGCAACGUUUGGAGCAAUGUAGGUUGGAUAGCUCUAUAAACACUGAUAAUAAAGCUACUCCAUCAGAGAAUGGAGUCCCCUUCACAAGGCCAGAGUGGGAUUGGAGAUCAGAUUUGCAAUCGCAGAUGCAAGUUAGCCCAAAAUUGGAAGGGGGGGAUAUAUCAUCAUUAGAUAGCCAACGGCAUCACCCUGAAGAGAAUAUUACCAACUCGCGGUUUUUUUCUAAUUCUUCAAGUUCCAUCUCGGAUUCAAAUUAUUUGGCUUCUCGUUCUUCCCUGCCUUGUGAGCUUUCAGGUGGUAAUGAUUCAAAUUCGAGGUUCUGUUUGGAUAGACGCAGCGACAGAUUGCAUAUUCCUAAUGGAUUUGGUGAGAAAUCCGUGGCCAGUAUGGAGCACUCUCUGUUUGCUAAUGAAGGGAGGAACAAAGUUCGCAAAGCAGAGGAUGAACUAAUCUCAAACAUUUUGUCACUCGACUUUGAUCCAUGGGAUGAAACCUUAACUUCACCCCACAAUCUGGCAGAGUUACUUGGUAGAGUUGAUCAGCGAUCUAAUACUCUUAAACCUUCAAACCUCCUAAAGCAACAUAACAGCCAGUCCAGAUUUUCUUUUGCACGUUAUGAAGAAUCAGGUAAUCAAGCAUUUGAUAGGGAGAACCAUAGCAUAUAUGAGCAGUUUUCAAGAAAUCAGCCUAUUUCAGAGUCUGUGGUCAGCCAAAAUAUCUAUCGGGAUAAUCUCGGGAGCCAAAAUGGAUUUGCAUCAAACUACUCUGGUGGAUUGGAAAACUUUUCUGCUAGUCCUUUAUUCUCUUCAUACAAGAGUCCUGUUUCACGUCCACAAGUUUCUGCUCCUCCAGGAUUUUCUGCGCCCAGCAGGUUACCUCCUCCUGGCUUCUCUUCACAUGAAAGAGUGGGCCUGUCUUCAGAUACUGCACCAGGAACACGUUAUCCUGAUUCGACCUCCUUGUCGAGGAAUGCAUAUCCAGUUGGUAAUCCGAGUGGUGCAAGUGAUAUUGAGUUUGCGGAUCCUGCAAUUCUAGCUGUUGGAAGAGGGAUGAUAAAUGCUGACUUGGAUAUGAGAUCAAGAUUCUCUUCACAAAUGAAUGCCUUUGAGAACGAAACAGGACUCCAAAUGUUGAGACAGCAACAAGCCAAUGGGUUUCAUCAUGAUCUUAGAAACUUGUCUCCUUCACUUACCGAUCCUUACGGAUUUAGUUCAAGGCUAAUGGACCAUCAGACACAGGGAAGUAGCUUAUCUCAUUUCUCCCAGCUUCCAAGGCAACAGCCAUCUGCAAAUUCAGUCAUGUCUAAUGGUCACUGGGAUAAGUGGAACGAAGGCCGAAGUAUGAGCUCUCUAGGCAUGGCCGAGCUUCUUAGGAAUGAACGGCUUGGAUAUAACGGGAGCCUAUUCACCAACGGUUAUGAAGAACCGAAACUCCGGAUUCCGAGUCCCGGAGAUGUGUAUAAUAGAACAUAUGGGAUGUGAUUUUGGCAUCAAGAUAAUGUUUCUGCUUUACUGGAUUUGCUCUGGUUGACCCCAAGUGGUAGAAGAAUUAUACUCAAAACUGCUUCCGACGCUGUGCCUACAGAAUCAGUCGUCAUAUCAAAGAUGCAGGUCCCCAACAUGGACUCCUCAGGCGCAUUUUUUUAACUUCAAAGGAGCCAAAGAUGUUGAUGUUUUGGUGCCUUGUAUAGAUAUGAUUUCUGCAGAUUGAUCUGGGAAUUCUAGCAAAAAUGUGGAUGCAAGUAAGGGUCCAAGUCCAACGGUAACAGUACAUCUUUUUAACAAUUUUUUUAUACAUCAUCAAAUUGUUAUCGCAAAACAUAAGAAAACAAAAAAAAGAAAACAAAAGCGCCAAGUUUUACUGUUGAACUCUUUCUGCCUCUAAUAAUGUGAUAGGCUUUCUGUCUUUUGUGUUUUAUCUUGAAGAACUUUUAUAUUUUCACUAACAUAUAUUUGAAGCAGUUCAGAUAAGUUAUCUUAAUUUCAGUAAAAAACAAAUAAAAUAAGCUGAUAAUGAAUGGUGAGAGUGCACGAUUAAUGGCAAUUUUAUGUCUAUUCCGUUUGAAUCAAAUUGAUCCUUACACAAAAAAUUAACGACAAACUUCUUAUAACAAGAUUU